AUUUAAUUACCUAUAAAUCCCAAAUCACUUUUUAAAACGAAUUCUUCCCGAAUCAUUUCAUAUUAGUAUACGUGCAUUCCUUAAACAUUUGAAGGUCAAAUUAAUGUAAACAGCUGGCCAAUUGACAGAUGAUUGCCCUAGACGCGAAAAGUCGUGAAACUAUGGCCGCUAAUCUGGAUAGUAAUAUCGAAAAUAACAACGACAACAUGGAAAAAUGUUACGAAAAUUAUAUUUUAAUUGACGUUGGGGCUAACUUGACCAAUAAAAAGUACAGCAGGGAUCUAGAUUCUGUUAUACAACGUGCUAAAGAUUCAGGUGUUCAAAAAAUUAUGGUAACGGGGACCUCUGUUAAGGGUAGUAAAGAAGCUUUAAGAUUGACAAGGAUAUAUCCAGGAACUUUAUAUUCCACUGCAGGAAUACAUCCUCAUGAUGCAAAAUCUUACACUGAUGAAUCAUGGACUGAAUUAAAAAUGUUAGCUCAAAACCCUGAAUGUGUAGCUGUGGGCGAAUGUGGUUUAGAUUAUAAUAGAAACUUUUCAGAACCUGAAGAACAGAGAAAAGUAUUCAGAAAACAUAUCGAAUUAGCAAUAGAGUUAAAGAAACCGUUGUUUGUGCAUGAACGUGAUGCUCAUGAAGAUUUAUUAGCCAUUUUAAAUGAGUUUAAAGGAAAAUUGCCUUCAGUUUUAGUUCACUGUUUUACUGGAAGUUGUGAAAAUGCCCUUUCCUACCUAAAUAAUGGGUUUUACAUAGGACUUACAGGUUACCUGUGUAAAGAUAAAUCAGAUACUGGGGUCAGGAAACUUUUGGUCGAUGGUACCAUUCCUUUGGAUAAGUUGGUUGUCGAAACAGAUGCCCCAUUUAUGUAUCCCAAUACAAGAGCCUCAAAAUUGCCCACACAUGUAAAAGAUGGACUUACUGAAAGGUCUAUGACUUUUUUGCACAGAUACUGCACUUUUCAAAGAAAUGAGCCAUGUUCCUUGCCCGCCAUAGUAGAGAUGGUUGCUGCUUUUAUGAAUAAAAAGCCUGAAGAAGUUGCCCUAUCCACCUCAUUCAAUGCUAUGAAAUUAUUUGGUCUUUCUUAAUCGUUGAAACAUUUACAUAUGUAUUAAAAUUUUUGGUGUUAUUUUUCUUUAUUAAAUUGCCAUUAGAUUAGGUCUAAAUGCUAUAUUUUUUAUUGCAAUUUUCCUAUUUUUUUAGAUAGUUUUAUUUAUUUUUACUAUUAU